AUGGAUCCCAGUUACGAGGUCCAAAUUCCAUCCAAUCCUGUUAGGUGCAAAUUCUUCAGUCUGACAGAAACACCCGAGGACUACACCAUCAUAGUGGAUGAAGAAGGCUUUCUUGAGCUCCCUUCAUCUGAGCACUUGAGCGUGGCGGAUGCGACGUGGUUGGCGCUCAACGUGGUUUCCGGCGGAGGCAGUUUCUCCAGUUCCCAGCCCAUUGGGGUUACCAAGAUUGCCAAGUCCGUGAUUGCUCCUCUGGCUGAUCAAAACAUCUCCGUAUUCAUGCUCUCUACCUAUCAGACAGACUUCAUCCUGGUACGCGAGCGGGACCUGCCUUUGGCGAUGCACACGCUGGCUUCGGAGUUCACCAUCCUCCGCGUCGUGAACGGGGAGACGGUGGCGGCCGACAGCUUUGGGAUAACAAACGGAUUUAUGAAGCCAAAACUGGUUCAGAGGCCUGUCAUCCACCCGCUUUCCAGUCCAAGUAACAUGUUCUGUGUCACCAGCCUAGAUCCCGACACCCUUCCCUCCGUCGCUACACUCCUUAUGGAUGUCAUGUUUUACUCCAAUGGAGUCAAAGAGUCUGCGGCAGCCAACGAAGACUCUGGACACAUCCGCUUCUUCUCGUUUUCUCUCAUUGAGGGUUACAUUUCUUUGGUGAUGGAUGUUCAGACACAGAAGAGAUUUCCUAAUAAUUUGUUGUUUACAAGUGCAUCUGGAGAGCUCUGGAAGAUGGUUCGCAUAGGAGGGCAGCCCCUUGGCUUUGAUGAGUGUGGAAUCGUGGCACAGAUCUCGGAGCCUUUGGCAGCCGCUGACAUCCCAGCUUAUUACAUUAGUACUUUUAAGUUUGAUCAUGCACUGGUACCAGAAGAAAACAUCAACGGUGUUAUCAAUGCGCUCCAAGUCAGCCAGGCUGAAAAGCAUUAGCAACCUUUCCGAACGGGACUUUUCCCGCGCAAUGAUUCUCAGUAUUUGGGAGAGGGGGAUUAUUAUUAUUAUUAUUAUUAUUUAGUUACUCCAAAGAGAGCUUGGGAGAAACGUUGCCGUGCCAUAAAAAGCAAGCAAGGAAACAAAAAGACUGCUGACUUGGCAAGUAAUUCCUAUAGCUUUUUCAUUUUUUAAAAGGACUAUCUUGGGACAAACAAGGAAGGCAUAGAGCGGACGCUUCGGAAUUAAAGAACCGAGGUCUUUCCAACGUUCAGCCUUGAAGCAAAACGUAAUCGUCGUGCUGGGUUUUCCCUCCCUUUCUUUGGCACGACGGCGGUGUGCGCGAAGGCUGCCUUUCUAACAAGACUGUGAAUGAGACUUGCUGAGACCUCUGACAUUUAGGAAACCAAUGGCGCGAUGGUGGAGUGUGUCCAGUCGCACCACUUGGCUCCUCCAAGUGCCAGAGUGGGCAACACUUAGCAUUACAUCUGGACUGAGACUCUUGGCUUGUCUUUUCUCUAACACACCAGAAUUUGACGCUGGUUUACCGUUCUUUUCUUAGAAGACUAGCCAUCUAGGACCCGGAUUUGGACCCAAAGCUUUUCCAUCCUGGACAAUUUCUGGUUGUUUAGCCACUCCUGCUUCCCAGAAGAGCCAAGUGGGAGAAUGCGCUUGCAGUUAUCAAUGCACUCCAAGUCCUCUGUUUCUGGAAUGAUGCUUCGGCAUCUGGUACGAAGGCGGACACUACGCUUGAGGCUCAGAUGGACAGAGAGCGCUAUGGUUCCUCGAGUGAGCAGAGAACUCCUGCGAGGAAGGAAAGCUGUUCCCUAUGACUAGGAACCGAGAGACAGACACCACAGAAGGACUCUCAAUCGGGGGGAAGAAAAGAGAUACUUGGAGGAGUGCUCCUCCCUCUGCAAUCCUAUACACACUUUACUAGAAGUCCCAAUAAACUCAGUAACUUCUA